GCCGCCCGCCUCGGCCGCCCCGAGCCACCCUCUGCCAUGCCGGUGACGGUGACCCUGCCCGGCCCGGCCCCGUGGGGCUUCCGCAUCUCCGGGGGACGAGAUUUCGGGAAGCCCAUCACUGUCUCCAAGGUGACGGAGCACGGCAAGGCGGCCGCGGGCGACCUCCGGGCGGGGGAUGUCAUCGUCACCAUCAACGGGGAGAGCGCGGCCGAGAUGCUCCACGUGGAGGCCCAGAACAAGAUCAAGCAGAGCCCUGGGCAGCUCCAGCUCGAGGUGGAGAGGUCCCCGGUGCCACCCCAGAGCCACACCAAUGGGGACGCCUCACUGGAGAGGUUGGCCACACAUGUCCAGGACACGCUGCAGAUGCGAGAUGAGAGCCAGAGUGCCUCGAGAGCCCCCAACCCCAGCCUGGCAUCCCCCAUCCACCUGCCCCACAGUGCCAGCUCACAAGCCCUGGAGGAGGAGUUCACCUGUCCCGGCCUCCGCCAGGAGCGAGGAAUCCUGACCCGCCAGAACAGCUGCCAGGGAUCCAUCCUGCCUCCACCCCCCUACCCACCCUCACCAGGGCUUGGAGCCCCCCAAAACCACAGGGACCAUCACUCUCCCCUCUCUCCCAACACCUGCAACAGCCAGUGCUCAGAGCCGGCCAUGAGGCGCUUGGAGGAGGACUCCGAGGUCUACAAGAUGCUGCAGGAGAACCGGGAGCUGCGGGCGGCCCCGCGGCAAUCCAGCACCUUCCGCCUGCUCCAGGAGGCGCUGGAGGAUGAAGGAGGAGGUGGUCCCACAGCCCCCUUCCCCAGCCGGCUCUCGUCCGGCGCCCGCAGACCCGUGGCCGGGGUGCAGAAGCUGCACGUCUGCGAGAAGUGCGGGAGCAGCAUCGCCACGCAGGCGGUGCGGAUCCAGGACGGGCGGUACCGGCACCCGUCCUGCUACAGCUGCGCCGACUGCGGCCUCAACCUCAAGAUGAGGGGCCACUUCUGGGUGGGCGAUGAGCUGUUCUGCGAGAAACACGCCCGCCUGCGCUACCAGGGCCCCCCCGGGGCGCCCCUGUCACCCCCACCCGUGUCCCCCCACUCCUGAGCCACAGGCACGGUGUGAUGGGGAAUCACCGCCUGCAUCCCCCACACCGUGU